AUGACUGCAAAUUUCUCAGCACUUCUGCUCGAUAUCGAAGGAACCGUUUGCCCCAUUUCUUUUGUCAAAGAGACCCUUUUCCCUUAUUUCCUGCAACAAGCCGAUUCUCUGCCGCACUCAAAAGACCUUCACAUCAGAUCAUUACUACAAAAAUUUGAAGUUGAUGAUGUUGUAGCCCACAUCCGUAGUUUGGUAUCCCAAGAUAUCAAAGAUCCAGUCCUCAAAGAAUUACAAGGUUUAGUUUGGCUAAACGGUUACGCCAGUGGUGAAAUUACUGCACCCGUGUACACAGACGCUAUAAACUACAUUCAAACUACAGAAAAACCUGUGUACAUAUAUUCCAGCGGAUCAGUCAAAGCCCAGAAACUAUUAUUUCAGUAUGUCGCUGGUGAUCAAGGGACCAUUGAUCUGCGACCCAAGCUACAAAACUAUUAUGACAUCAAUACCUCUGGAACCAAGACGAACAGCCAAUCUUACAUGAAAAUAGCGAACGAUAUUGGGCUUCCGCCAGCAGAAAUCUUGUUCCUCAGCGAUAAUUCCUUGGAACUCGAUGCUGCUAAAGAUGCUGGAUUGCAAGUAAAACUAGUCAUUCGACCUGGAAACGCACCAGUCGAUUACCAGGGCAAAUACGAUAUUGUCACCAACUUCAAUGUAUUGUGA